AUGUAUCAUCAUAAAAAUCUGGAAGCUAGUGCAUCGGUAAUAAUGAAAGCUUUAAGCUCGGAACACUUAACGCGAGUAGAUAAGUGUGUUGAUUGCCUGAGUAAGUUUUACGAAAUACAUGUUAUCUCUUUUCUUAAACCAAUACUGAAUCAUUGCAGAAGUGGUGCAAGAAAGAAAGACCAUUGGUGUGUAAAAAGUAAUGCUAAAGGUCAAAGUUUUGGAUCAGUAGAAACACUUGUGAAUCAUUACUGUGAGAGAGGAUUUUCUAAUGGAUCCUGUGAAGGUGCAUUACCAAUUACCUUAUUUUUUACUUUAUUUUGGGAAGAACUGUUUGAUAUACAUGUUCCUGGAACAUUUGUUUCGCCCAUAUCAAUACGCUCCAGAUGAUUUAUUUAAGAAGAAUUAUUUUACGAAAAUAGUAAAGAAAGAAUAGACAUGAAACUUCAGAUUGCUAGUAAUUUAAAUUGUUUAGCAUUAAGCACCUUGAUGGAUAAGUUUAAAAUCUGUGUUCAAUAUCAGUCAAUAAUGCCAACAAAUUUACUGAAAGAUGGUCUACAGUUGAAAGAAAUAGUAUAUUGUUUAGGAGUUCAAGGUGUUGUAGGCAUCUGUAGGCGACUUGUUGAAAAUUUUAAACUUUGGAAAGCUGGAUUUCCAGAUUUAAUUGUAUGGGAAUUUAAAACCAAAGAACAUAAAUUGUAG